AACUGUUGGAGGGGGUAAUUGUAAGUUUGUAACGUAUAGGACAAAAGUGAGCUUGUAUCGUGUGGACGUUUGCACAGAUUUUUCGACAUAGUAUAUAUGAAAAUCUCUAUAGUUAUGCAAAUACGUCUGAAAAUAUUGCGAACAAAGUCGGUUGGAAUUGUUCAAAAGCAUUAUAUCAUUUGAGUUUUAUCUUGGAGGUUUUCAGGUAUGAUCGUUUCUAUCGAUCGUGAUGAACACGUCACGCUAUGGACGCUGUGGUUUGCGUUUCCGUGAAGAGAGUACCGUUUACUGUGCUUUUAUGAAGAAACGUGGGAUUCCUUGUGCGAAUCUCUCGUGUAUUUCGUGCGGGAGAAGUCGUAGGAAUAGUUAUUGAACGCAUAGAAUAAUCAUUAAGCAUUCUUGCGUGAGGUGCGAAGUGUGUUAAGUGAAGAACGAGUGUGCACGUAAGUGUGUACGAGCUGCUUAAAAGGGCUUAUAACGUCCAAAGACUUAUGUUUGUAAACCAUGAACUUUUUUAAUAAAAUCAAUGGCGAAAACGAUGGUCUCGAGUAUGUUUUGUGGUGCCGAUGUUGCUAGUAAAAUUACUAUUCGCAACGGACUUUUCCUAGGCAUAGCCUUCGCGUUUCCAAAGACUGCAUAUAGACGUCAAACAAAAAAGGUUUAAAGGCGCCAGAACUACAUUGGCUUUGCGCAAGAGAGCCCGAAAAAUCCAGCAGUACAAAGCCUGGAUGACGGGACAAGUGAAGAAAUACUAUUCAGCAUUAGUGAAAGUGAACAUCAAAUAAAAAGUGAAACUAUGGACAAUAAUACAGACGGAGACAACUUAAAUCUGAGCUGUGGAGAAAAUGACAUAGUAGACGAACUAAAAAUUGCUGCAGAUGAGACAUACGAUACACGUAGUGAAGUUUCAUCUAGCAGUUCCAAUUCUGAUUCUUGUCAGCCUAGUAUAAGCUCUGUUUCAACUAAAUCUUCGCGAGGAGACAAUAAACGUAAUCGGAAAAACAGGGGAAAACGUGCUAGAUCAAGAGAUUCUAAAUCUUCCAGUCCUGAAACGAAACGUGCAAGAUCUAAGGAGAGUAAAGGAAUUGCCAAGAGCUAUGAUUAUGCUACAAAAUUAAAUUACUUAUUUAGGGAUGCAAGAUUUUUCAUCAUCAAAUCAAAUAAUGCUGAGAAUGUCACUCUAUCAAAAGCUAAAGGAGUAUGGAGUACAUUGCCCCAAAAUGAAGCAAAUUUGAAUCAGGCAUAUAGAGAGUCAAGGAAUGUCCUUUUAGUAUUUUCUGUGAAAGAAUCUGGAAAAUUUGCUGGCUUUGCACGACUUAGUACAGAGUCUAGAAGAGAUGGAGCACCCAUUUCUUGGGUGUUACCUCCUGGAUUAUCAGCUAAAGCUUUAGGUGGUGUCUUUAAAGUUGACUGGAUAUGUAGGAAAGAAUUACCAUUUACAUCAACCUUACAUUUGUACAAUCCAUGGAAUGAUGGUAAACAGGUUAAAAUUGGACGUGAUGGACAAGAAAUUGAGCCCAGAGUUGCAGAGGAGUUGUGCAGAUUGUUUCCAGAAGAUGAAGGUAUUGAAAUGACUCCAAUUCUGAGGAAAUCUAAGGAAGCAGCGAAGCAUGUUACAAAAUCAUCUCGUUCAUACCGAGACAACAGACCAGUUAAUAACAGUUCCAGAUUUUUACGGUCGAGGGGCGGUAGGGGACGUAGGCUUUUCUUAACUUCACGAUCUCGUUUAGCUUCUUUAGCUAGAGGAUUUCAUUUAGCCAGUAAUGAUCAUAGAGGAUCCAGGGAUCAUCACCAUCACCGAUAUACAUCCUGGUGUAAUCGGGGCGAUUCUCCUUACUCAAAAGGAUAUGGUAGUCCUGGAUUAGGCGUAGCUGCGGCAGCAGAAGCAUAUGUCGCAGAUUAUAUGCGUACUAUGCAACAUCAAUUACCUCCGUUACCUCCUUAUGCUGCACCUCAUCCUUAUGAUUCUUUGCCUCCACCACCACCACCACCUAGAUACUAUGAUGGUCUACCAUUGCCACCUGAUUAUAGCGCAGCUGCUUCCGCUCUUGAAAAACGCAGCUACGAAAGAAGUGUAGACGAAUUUUUAUGGAGAACAGCAAGUCGACACAGUCGACACAGUGAUCAUCGAUCCUCCCGAGAUCAUCAUCAUAGAUAUAGAGAUCGUAGAUAAGAAAUUUUUCACAUUAUCUUCAUCCAUUUAUUUCAUCUCUCAAUUCAUGCACACACUCAAUUCAUGUAAGGGCUUUCAAAAGAAUCACGAUACUUACGAUUAUAUAAUAGGAAGAUUUAUUCAAUCAAUCAGAAGGUGUAAUCGAUGUAGUAGUGAUUCAAAAAGAUUAAUUUGAAAUUUAUUAUUAUAUAUGUAUGAAUAUAUCUAUAUAUAUAUAUAAUAAUAUAUAUUUACAUUUGGACAUUGUAAUUUUUAACAAUUGAAAACACUAUUGUGUUUUAAUAAUAAAACGAUUUAUUAUGAAGUAUUUAAAUGCUUCAAUUUGUGUAAUAAUAAAUAAAAAAAUGGUAUAGUUAGUUUCUCUUUUACGUAACAUUAUGGAGUAGUACAAGAAAAUACGUAAUUAAUAAGAGAAAAAUAAAAGAUUAUCUAUAGAAUUGAACAAUGAUUCACAAUUGAUCGGUUCUUAUGUUAUUUGCAUUUAGCAAUAAAGAAUCAAUUAUAUGUUAUAUCAAUUCAAUAUACAGUGACACAAACAAGCGAUCAAAUGUUCCGACAGUAUUUGAAUUUUUAUUUAAUUAAAUAAAUGUUAAUAAGGUAUUCACAAAAUAUCUUAUUAUAAUACAGAUGUAGUUUUAGUAAUUCAUAUAAUACAGAAUUAACUUAAAUACUUUACACUUUCUAAACAAAAUUAAACGAAAUUAACCAAUUAUAUAUUUGAUCAAUUGUUUGAAUCAGUGUAGUUUACCAUUAAGUUUCUUACACAACUUAAGUAUUAUUUAUAUAUUUUUGUAAUCCUUAUAUUCAUAUCUGAUACAUCCAUUUUUAUAUUAAAAAGAAAAAAAAUAUUCAAUUGUGAAUCAAUGUGGGUAUUGAUAAUACUGGUUUUUGUAUUGACACUUAAAUUUUCCAUAAUCAAAUUUGAUAAAAUAUUGUACCAUUUCAAUAUAGAUCACUGCCGUAAGUAGAAGGAUUUACUUUUGCAACAAUCAGUGUGACAUAAAGAUGAUUCUGAAUCAUUCUUUUGGUUAUUACGCGUAAAAUUUUGUAAUGAACGUUUUGUAAGAAGUGUCUACUUCAAAAGAGAGUAUUUUUGUCAUGAUCAAUAAUACAGACAAUUUACAAUUUGUAUGUAAUUAUUCAAUCAUUAUUAUUACUUAUUUACAGAAGCAGCCUAACACCGUGAUUAUGUACU